GGGAGGAGAGGAGCGGUUGAGGCUGCGCCUGGAGGUGCGGGGAGGCGAGCGGGACGGGAGCUGGGACUUCUACCCUUGAAGCCCGUGCGCCGAGAAUCCGAUGUUGGGCUCGGCUUCGUGGCUGAAAACAGCAGAUCGGCCCAUGAGAACUACCAUUCCCAGGCAAAGGAAGGGAUCCAACAGGAGUCAGCAUCUAUUCUUUCAGGUCUGGCAGCAAGAAAGAGGGCAGGAGGUGGAGACUGUGGACUCUGAAGAGAAAACUGAAAGGUGACACUUAAGUUGAAAAUGGGAGGUGGAGAAAGGUUUAACAUUCCAUCUACCCAGCCCAGAAUUUCUAACAAGAACCACCAGCAGCUAAACAGGAAAAAGAACAAAGAUCAGAAUUCCCAGAUGAAGAAAAUCCACAAGAAAGAAAGGGGACAUGGAUGCAGUCCACCAUCUGGAGCGUGGCAGGCCAUGCAGACAGGGGGAAAGAACACAAUGCAUUUCCCAGCUAGUCAGAAUUGGAAUCCGGCGUUAUCCACGGCACUCUUCAUUCCUCAAACCAACCAAAAUUAUGCUGGAGCAAAAUUCAGUGAGCCUCCUUCCCCAAGUGUUCUUCCUAAGCCACCAAGUCACUGGGUCACUGUUUCACUGAACCCUGCUGAUAAAGAUAUCAUGACUUUUCAGUUGAAGACCUUGCUUAAAGUUCAGGCUUGAAGUGUAAACUUGG